CAAGUACAAUUUACCGUCCUCCUGACUGGCCUGGUCAACACAAUGGCUGUCCGAGAAGUUCUCCCUGAAGAGUAUGAUGAACUUGAUCAGAAGCUAGAGAAAGAACUGCCUCUGUCCAUAUGUGGACUGGUCCACUUCCGGUUGAUGAGGAGGAAGCACCUGCUGACAGAAAAGAUGGUGUUGGUGGACAGUUGGCCAGACUUCUCUGUCCUUGUUAUCGUGGAUAGACAGAGGAGGGAAAUUUUCCCGAUUGCCGUGUGUUUCUGCAGAGGACCGGACUUUGUAUCAACUCUUGACACAAUGCUUCAUUCUGCUUGGGGAGAAUUGUCGUCCCCUAUGUUUGCUGUUGGUUCAAGCUGUGACGUUAAUGACGCCCUCGUGAAUCAGUACAAGUCAGAAACUUCCUGUCCAUUCCGACAAAAUCACGACAAAGCGGUUGUAUAUACACUGCCUGCGGACAGCAGCGUUCCCAUACCAAUGCCAGAUGGAUUCAGAGAAACCGAAUUAAGUGAACGUCAUCUAGAUGUUUUAUGCAAGACUUGGCCUUAUUCAAAAUCAAAUGAGUUUUCAAGCACAGAGAGAUGGCUGAAAUACCACAUUUGUAACUUCCCGACAGUCUGCAUUGAAACUGAUGAUGGAUGCCCCGUAGCUUGGGAACUUCAGCAGGAGUAUGGUAGCGUUGGGAUGCUGCAUGUAGAACCAGAAUAUCGAAGAAAAAAGCUUGGAAGCAUUGUCUCGAGAACACUGGCGAACAAAUUAAACAAGGGCGGCCAUCUAGUAUUAGCACUGGUUACUGAAAAUAAUGACCCAUCCGUUAAAUUUCACGAGAAAAAUGGUUACGUACGGUUGCCUUUCAAAAUUUCUUUCUUAGGAUGUUUUUUUGAAACAAAACAAUGAAAUUAUUUGUAAUAUUUCUGUUAAUUACUUUUAAAACGUUAGCUUGCAAUAUGUAAUGUAUUUUGUUUGAUUUCGAUUAUAAUUUAGAACAAAUUUGUAGCAAUUUUUUCUGGAAAACCUUUCUAUAUGCGAUUAUUGAAUAUAAAACGUAUUUCUUUCUCUUAAAAUUUUAUUAAAUACUUUUAUUAAAUACUUUUUCAAACGUUAAAUCUUCUUAAGGUAUCCGAUCCAUAAUAACCCAUGUUCAAUGAAUCGGGAUGCAUGACAGAUAAGUAUGGGCUUAUUACUCAAUGAAGGUGACCAUACUUUUCAUGUUUUAGUAUCAGUAUGUAACAGUGGAAUGUGUCCUAAUACUAGACCUUUUCCUGUUAUCAAAUAGUCGUCCCCCUUUGCUUUUAAUCUAUAAAAUUCAAUUCUAACAAAAUUUAUUCGGUAUGAAAUUUGUUUUGAAUAGUGUUAUUAUUUCUAAUGAUUGCAUCUUUCCAUCAGAGCAUUUAUUGAGUAUUUACUUUUUUAUUUUAAAAAAAGUGCCUGUCCCCAUAGACCUUAAUUAUCUUCAAUAAUUAGUUACUGCUUAGUUAAUGAUAUUUUUUUUAAAUUUCUCUCGGUUAAUCUUUUUCUACUCUAUAAUGCUUUGAGUUAAUAUAAGAUAUUUAAUACAUGAUUGAUAUUCAAGGUUAGAAUAAUUAGGUCCUUAUAUGGAUCGGGUACCUUAACUUAGAACUUUGCCUUAUUUAGUGAGAAAACAAAUAAUUUACGCUUCUUACAGGAUUUCUAUUUAAAAAUGUUUAAGAGGAUGAUAUGAAUGGAAUUAAAUUUGCCUCUGUAUCAACUAUAUUGAGUUCAUCUUGUACUUUAUUGUAAAUAUGCACCCCUGAAACAAUAAACUAAUUUGAAAAGCU